AAAAUAGGGUAGAAUCGUUAAUACCGGCAAAGUUCGAAGUAUUUUAAGUGAAUUACUCUGCAUGAACGGUGUCGGGAUGUGGUUUCCAACGUCUGAGGCUUUUUAAGUUGUGGUGUUCGAUUUCAUUAAUUGUUGAGAAAAAUGGCAAAACUAAUAAAGUUAAUAACCUCUCCCUUUGCUGGGGUUACAAUUUUUGUGUCGCUAAUUGCUGUAUUCCUCGCUUUAAGAAUUCCAGUCAAAACCUACAUCGAUUCUCGUAGAGAGCAGAGAUUGUUUACUGCUGAAGAACUUGCUCUGUACAAUGGCACUGAUGAUGCUUUGCCCAUUCUGUUGGGUAUUCUUGGAUCUGUGUUUGAUGUAACUAAAGGAAAAUCUCACUAUGGCGUGGGAGGGGGUUACAAUCAUUUUGCUGGAAGAGACGCAUCUCGUGCAUUUGUUUCAGGAAAUUUUACAGAGGGACUGACAGACUCUUUGCAAUGGAUUUUGAAGAGCUAUUGUGCAAUGCGCCCGGCGGGAAUUCUACUUCAAAAGCUACACAUGAGCUUGGAUGAUGUUACAAGUGGAGGCUUUGUUGGCAAACUGGUUGGUCGUAUUAUGACUAAUCAAGGAAAUCCCACCAAAACUUUGAAAGAUGAUAGCAAAGCAGCAAGAGGUGCCGGCGCAAAACUUUUGGAGCACAACAGAAAAAUGAAGAACGGCCAAAACAACCUAUGGCUCCCUAGCAUUAGUCAGAGGCCUCAAGAAAUUGCUUUGACUGGCAAAGAUAAGGUAAACGCCGAUGCCUGCCUGCUUAAAGAGGAUCAACUAACUCAGCCAGGGUUGGAAGUGUAUGAAGGAUGUGAUCAUCUUAGCUAA